AUGGGGUCCAACAAAGAAGAGAGCGAGUCGUCCACAUCCCCAGCGGCAGUUCCAGAAGCAGUCUCCGCAAAUGCACGAGGCGACGAAAAGCCGGGCUCUGCUGUCCUGGGCGGCAACGCAGUCGACGACACGGGGAGUCCAGCCGGCAAUGCCAAGGACGGCGACAAUGUCGAAGGUGACAAAACGGCUGACACAGAGAAAAGCGAGGCUCCCACACAACAAUACAUGACAGGCCUCCCAUUCGUGCUCACAUUCGGCUCGCUCAUUCUGGCGACUUUGCUGUCCGCACUGAAUGCGUCCAUGAUUUCGACGGCCAUACCGUCCAUCACCAACGCAUUUCAUUCGAUUCAAGACGUCGGCUGGUAUAGCUCGAGCUAUCUGAUUUCCAACUGCGCAAUGUUGCCAUUGACAGGAAAACUAUUUGCCAUAUUCCCUCUCCGAUACACAUUUAUUGUAUUUGUCUUCAUCUUGGAGGUUGGCAACCUGAUCUCCGGCGUGGCUGUAUCGUCUCCGAUGCUGAUUGUCGGUCGCUCCAUUACGGGGAUCGGCGGUUCGGGCAUUCUCACGGGUGCCACGGCCAUCAUCACCACGAUCCGUCCUCUCGAGAAGCGACCGAUGUUCAUCGGUACCCUCAUGGCUGGUGUAGCACUCGGCCAGGUCGGCGGACCCCUCCUUGGUGGUGCAUUGGCCCAAGUGACAUGGCGCUGGGUGUUUUAUAUAAACCUCCCCAUUGGCGGCAUUGUCAUCCUGCUUUUCCUCUUCGUCGUUCGUCUGCCAGCGCCAACACAGAAACCAAAGCAACUUCAGCUUCUCGCACAAAACACAGCCGAUCAGGCCGGCAACAAUGCUGCUGGAACUGGCUCUGGCAUCCCGGCCCAACUCACCCGCCGUCAGCACCUUGGUAUCACGUACAAACAGGUGGCUCGCAUCGACUUCCCGGGAUUCUUUUGCUUCGCCGCUGCGUGUGCCCUGUUCCUGAUCGGCCUCGAGUGGGGCGGCACCAAGUACGCCUGGGGCUCGGGCGUCGUCAUCGGGCUGCUGGUUGCGGGUGCCGUGCUGUUUGGGGUCUUCGCCGCCUGGUCGCAGUACCUGGGCGACCGCGCGCUGCUGCCGUUCCGUCUGCUGCGGUAUGGCUACGUCAACGUCUUUUGCGGAAUCACUGCCUUGGCGCAGUCUGCGAGCGUCUUUGUUCUCAUGUCCUACCUGCCCAUCUGGUUCCAGGGCGUCAAGGGCGCCACGCCCGUGGUCAGCGGCGUCAUGCUGCUGCCCACCAUCGUCGCGCAGCUCCUUGCGGCGUUACUCUGCGGCUUCCUGGUCCAGCGCACGGGGUACUACAUGCCCGAGCUCCUGAGCGGCAACUCCAUGGUGCUCAUCGCGUCGGGCUUGUUUACGACGUUCUCGCCGUCCACGGGCGCCGGCUCUUGGAUCGGGUUCCAAAUUCUGGGUGGCGCCGGCCGCGGGUUCGUCAACCAGCUGCUGGUCACAGUCAUCCAGGCGAACGUGCCGCCCUCGGACAUCCCGCUGGGUGUCAGCUACGUCUUGUUUUGCCAGUACUUUGGCGGCGCCGUGGCCAUUUGCGCGGCGCGGACGGUGCUGACUUCGACAAUUGGCGCGGCGCUGGCCAAGUAUGCGCCGUCCGUGGACGCGGCGACGGUCAUCAACACGGGCGUGACGGACCUGCGCCGUGUGAUUCCGGCCAGCGAGAUCAACGGCGUUGUUCUCGCGUACAACAAGGCGCUGGUCAAUGUUUAUCUCUUUGACGACGAGGAAGAUGAUGACGAAAAAGACGAGGGAGGGGCACUGCUGGUGGUCGGCCAGUGCCAUUGCCCGUCAUUAAAGGUGGUGGUGGUGGUGGCAGAUGAGGACGAAGACGUCGGGGAGGAUGACGAGGUGGAAGAGGAGGAGCGGGUCGGAGAGGUGGGUGUGGACGAUGAGGCCGGAGUGGAGGAGCCCAAGGACGGCGUGGAGAGUGUCUUUGACGAUGAGACAGACGAGGAGAAUGACGAGGGUGACGACAAGGACGGUGACGACGACGACGCCGUGUCUGCCGUCGCGUCUGUCGUUGUGCUCAACGGCCCCUGCACGCCCACCACGGAAACCUUUGUGACAUGUGUCGUCACUGGCAACUUUGGUCUGGUCGUGGAUGUCACCACAACCGUGUCCGUGUCGGUGACUGUGGGUUCAGCCGACUCGACAACCACAGUGGUGCGAAACGCGGUCGCUGUUUUUGUGCCCGACGCCGGUAUUGUAGACGUUGUCGUUGCGCCGCUGCCACCUCCGUUUCCACUGUCAUCACCGCUGCCGCUGCCGCCGUCAAUGUUGACGACAGAGUAG